AGGAAAAUUUCGCCUUUUGUCCAAACGUCGUCAACUCUUGAUCCAAAGUGCGUUGCAAUCAUCUAAUCAGUAUUCUUUCUCCAGAUUCAUCGAAGCCUCAUGCUAGGUUGCCUUGGAUCACCUACUCACUAGUUUUUCAUGAUAAGACAAUAGAAUGAGUUACACCGUUGAAUCAUCGCGCGAUCCUCAAGCGUUUCUUCUCAGACCCGAGAGUCAUUCGCACCAUGCGACCGUCGAGACGAGUGGCCUUUCCUAUUUUUUUCCAAUCAUCGAGGCUUGAACAUCAAUCAGACUUCAUUAUGUCUAGCACCCAUAAAUGGGGGUUAAGUUGAUUGAAUUGGCUACCCCCUUGAAAAUCUUUCCUUCCAUGUUCACAGUGCUCUCUCGUCCCAUCCGUACACCAACACUCACUUUGUUCAAAGAGCAAUGGCCACCUCAAGGACUCCUGACUUCAACAAGCCGCUUUACGCUCCUCUGGCAGAGAGACGUAGAAGUUGACGAGCAGGGCUACGAUGGAAGCAAAUGGUUCGAUCCUCACUAACAAGCACUCCGAGGGUCUUCCUGCCGCUCGGUACUAUGGUGGCAACGAGUACGUCGAUGAACUGGAAGUUUUGUGCCAGAAAGGUGCCCUUCGGGCCUUCCACCUGGAGCCUUCACAGUGGGAUGUCAACGUCCAGCCUUAUUCCGGCAGUACUGCCAAAUAGGCGCAAAGUAUUCCUCGACGUUGUCAUAAUACCUGACCUUUUGAUCAUAGCUUCGCUGCCCUCCAUCCUCAGGACCGUUUCAUAGGUCCCGGUCUAUCUACCUGAUGGUGGCCAUUUGACCCACGGUUACUACGUAUAUCUGUCCAAAAUCAUGCACACAUAUCCGUAACUGACUUGACGUUCGACAGACGACCAAAAAGAAGAUGACUGCGUCUUCAAUCUAUUUUCAAUCCCUCCCUUCCCUUACGGCCUCGACCCUGCGACCCGGCUUAUUGACUACAAUGGUAUCAAGUCGUCAGCUAAGAUCUAUAAGCCCCGUCUCAUCAUCAUCUGUGGUGCUUCCGCUUACCCCCGUGACAGGGACUGCAAAACUCUCCACGCAAUGGCCGAUGAGCGUGGUGCCUACUUAAUGGCAGACAUUGCUCAUAUCAGUGGUCUCGUUGCUGCUGGUGAACAGCCAAAUCCCUUCGAAUACUGCGAUGUUGUCACCACCACUACUCACAAGACCCUUCGUGAUCCUCGUGCCAGUUUGACCUUGAAGGUUAGUGAGAACGCUAAGGAUUUCCGAAAAGCGUGUCAACGACGCUGUCUUCUCUGCUUGCCAGGGGGGAUCCCCACAACAACAUAUGUGUUCACUUUCGAUAACAUCUGUCACCACAUGUUGAGGUUUUUUUUUCUUUUAGAUUAUUGCUGGUAUCGCUACUGCUCUUCUCCAGACAAGUCGGCCAACAUGGAAAGCGUGUACCAAGCAGGUCAUCGCCAAUUCUCGGUAAGGGUGGGUACUGACAACCGUCUUGUUGUCUGGAAUCUCCGACCCCUCGGUUUGACCUGUAGCAAGUUCGAGAAUCUUUGUGACCUUGUCGGUAUCACAAUCAACAAAAACGCUGUUUCUGGUAACGCUUCCGCUCAAGUUUCCGGUGAUAUCCGUCUCGGUACAUCGGCCUCGACUUCUCAUGACAUGCUUGAGGCCGACAUGAGGAUUGUCGCUGACUUCCUCCUCCGCACCGUUCAACUAACUUGCCCUUGUUUUCCAAAAGGAAGCUGGCAGUAAGCUGCUCAAGGACUUCGUCCGUGUCGCUACUGUUGAACAGGAGGGCAAGGAGGGUGCUCAAAAGGUGAAGCAGCUCCGUCGUGAUGUCCGUGAAUUCGCUCGACGAUGGCCACUUCCUGGCAUUGAGGAGGACGAGUAAGCAUCGCGCGUGUCGUCCAUUUUACACCGGAUGUUAUAGGGGUGUGGUUCACUCAUUGUGAUGCUUUUUUCUUUCGUUUCGGUGGCUUUGGAAGGGGUUACACCCCUUUUUCGUUCUGGUGGAGUAGAGUGACUCAACGUCCUAGUUUCAACCAUUCAACUGUGCUCUUCGUAGAUGUAAAUUUAGUCGUACAUUCAACGUAGUCUGGCCCUAGCCCGGAUGUCUAACGUUGUAACAGCCAUCUAGAGCCGUAUCAUUUAGUCUGUAUUCAUAGCCAGCAUACUCAUGGUGUUCAACCAGAAAUUGCGAGAUUUCCAUUGGAUU